UUCCCCUUCUUCCUUCCUUCCUCACCGAUCCUUUUGGCGGGAGACGAGCACUUCGCCGCCUCCACUUCCCGCGCAGAGCAAAUCAGCCAGACAUGGACGGCGGCUUCUCCCUGCCGGCGGCUGCGGCGGCCGCCGCGAUGGAGAUGGAGGAGCACCUGAACUGGAAGAAGAACGCGCCGGUGCUCUACGACCUCGUCAUCUCCCACGCGCUCGACUGGCCUUCGCUCACCGUCCAGUGGCUGCCUACGCAGUCCCCGGCCUCCGCUCACUCCCACCGGCUCGUCCUCGGCACCCACGCCUCCGACGACUUCCCCAAUCACCUCAUGAUUGUGGACGCCGUGCUGCCGCUCCCGCCCCGCCUGGCCGCGGCGGCCGCCGCUGAGGGCAGGGUCGUCCCGGACCCGUCCUUGUCCAUCGGCCGGUCGAUGCCGCACCGGGGCGAGGUCAAUCGUGCCCGGUUCAUGCCGCAGCGGCCGCUUACCGUGGCCACCAAGACUUGCGUCGAUGAAGUGCACGUGUACCACCUCGGCGACGAUGGCGAGAAGCGCGGCGCAGAUGUCGUGCUCAGGGGUCACGACGCGGAGGGGUAUGGUCUGGCGUGGAGCCCGAUGAAGGAGGGAUGGUUGCUGAGCGGCUCGUAUGAUAAGAAGAUUUGCCUAUGGGAUCUCGCUGCUGGGAAUGGGUCCCAGGUUAUGGAUGCGCAACAGGUGUUUGAGGCUCACGAGGAUAUCGUUGAAGAUGUUGCUUGGCACCUGAAAGAUGGAAACAUAUUUGGAUCUGUUGGUGAUGACUGCAAGUUGAUGAUGUGGGACCUGCGAACGAACAAACCAGAACAAUCUGUAGUUGCGCACCAAAAGGAAGUCAACUCCUUGUCAUUCAAUCCAUUUAAUGAAUGGAUCUUGGCUACAGCAUCUGGGGAUGCAACUAUCAAGCUAUUUGACUUGCGGAAACUGUCAAGAAGCUUGCAUGCUUUCGACAAUCAUGAGGGUGAAGUUUUUCAGGUUGAGUGGAAUCCAAAUUUGGAGACUGUAUUAGCUUCACAUGCUGCAGACAAAAGGGUGAUGAUAUGGGAUGUUAGUAGGAUUGGAGACGAGCAGGCGGAGGAAGAUGCAAAUGACGGGCCACCGGAGCUGCUUUUCGUCCACGGUGGCCACACAGCUAAGAUAUCAGAGCUGUCGUGGAAUCCUACCCAGAAAUGGGCCAUCGCCAGCGUGGCCGAGAAUAACGUCCUGCAGAUCUGGGAGAUGGCGGAGAGCAUAUACUCCGAUGACAGUUAUCUGCACGAUAACAAUGACUCGUGCCUCUCCACAUGAGAGAUGCUAGCAACAUUCCUUUGCCCUGUGCCUGUCUGUGGAGUGUUUGGAUCGGUCGCAGUCGCAUGCAGCUAAAACACUAGGUAGGCUCUGAGAUGCUUUGGUUAAUUAGCUCGUUUGAUGCCCUCCAUGGAUUGCAUAUCUUCAAGAUGUGACUCUUAAAGUUUUUCGUAUCUAUGCCUGCGUCUACCUGGUCA